AUGAAUCUGCUCCUCGACGUCUCCGGCCGCCUGCACGACGCACGCGACUUCGUACGCUUUCACGCCGUCUGCCGGCGGUGGCGGAACGCACCACCGGCGGCGGCCCGCCACAAGUUCUUUCCAUGGAUGCUCUCGCAGCACACCGGCCGCGGCGUGCUCAUGCACAUCCCCGUGUUCUACUCGGGGAGCGUCACUCCCGAAGCGAUUUCGACCUAUCACCGCUGCUACGACGGCAACGUUCUCCCGUCGCUCGACGACACAGCUUGGGUGGCCGGCCCGAACGGCGAGGCCGUCUGUUGCUUCGAUUGGCAUCCCAAGCCAACACUCCAUGACAUUGUCACCGGAGCCAUCUGCCCGUUGCCGCACUUCCCCGCUGACAACUAUGAGAUCGUGCGGCGGCUGGGGAACCCCCUUGGCAUCGUGUAUGGCGAUGGCACUGUUUUUCUGUACAGCUUUGACGAACUAAAUAUUCACAUGACUGGCUUCACGGCGGCCGUCCUGCGUCCGGGUGAGGCGGCAUGGGUGAUCAUGGAAAAAAGGUUCUAUGGGUCGGCGACAUACAAGAACAACUGUGCAGCAUAUCACAAUGGCAAGGUCUUUGUGUGGACGCGGAGACACUUCGACUGCUUCAUGACACAGAAUUUAGCAAACAAUGGUGGUGACAUAGACGGCAUCAGGCUCGAGAUGACGGAGGAUAGACCCGAGCACAAACGUUACAUGCGCUAUUACAACUAUGUCUUCGAGUCCUGCGGCAAGCUGUUGUGGGCGUCCGUCUUACUCGAGCAUGAAUGGUACCAUAAAAACAUGGACUCCUUGUCCACCAAUGACCCCGUGAUACCAAGGCUGGCGGUGAUGGUGCAUGAAGCGGAAGAAGAAGUGGACGGUGGCAAGAUCAAGAUGCGAUGGGUGGAGAGAGAUGGCCGGAGUUUGGGUGAUCAUGUCAUGUUCCUUGGGUCCCCCACGAGCUUCGCUGUAGACUCCACCCAGCUAGACAUGGACGGUGGGUGCGCCUACUUUGUCUUUUUACAUCGCUUGUACAGGUAUAACUUCAUCACCGGCCAAACCAAACUUGUGGAGUCGCCACGUACUGGAUGGAUUUCCCCUGAUGCACACCUGUGGCUCCGGCCACGACCUGUGAUUUCUCCUAUUGAUGAAAUUCGAGAAAGCCUUAGGAUCCGGCCAAACAGAAAAGAAGACCAAAGAGGAAAAAAUUCUGCAAUUCAGUGGAUUUAUAAGUGGUUUUCGGGAAUUUCGUAG